AUGUCUAAGCUAAGCUUUGCUACUGUUCUCUUUGUCAUUGCCUUCAUGCUUCCUGCAUUUAUUACUAUUGGCAAGGGCACUCCUGCACCUUCAGUUUCAUUUACAGCCUCAAAUCAACUCAAGUAUUGGUCUCUGAAUGUUAAAAACAACAUGCCUCCAGCUAUCUUGUCUAAAUUAUCUCCCCUCAAUGAAGAUGAUAGUACUAAAAAGCUGGUUGCACUUACUUCCAAAAGCACAAAGGGCUCUGGUGAAAUGCUUACGAUUGGAAAUAUUAAACAGCUUAAUGCAAAAAGGGUUGUGUCAUGUCACGAGGUAUAUCUUCCUUUUGCGACUUAUUUUUGCCACAUGGUCUCCUCAACUCAACUCUAUGCAGUUGAUGUUGUUAAGCCUGAAACAAAAGUACCAGUUAAUACAGUUCUUGCGAUAUGCCAUAUGGACACUUCAUCAUGGCCAACAAAUCAUCCGGCAUUUGAGAUACUUAAAGCCACCCCUGGCAAAGGCGAAGCAUGCCAUUGGAUAACAAAAACGGGUCUUCUUUGGGUUGGUACUGGAGAGAGGCUAGUGUAG